GAAAAUAUGCCCACGAUCUCGAGAUAUUUAGCAUCUCCGGGCAGAAAACUUGAUCGCCUAUAAUGCACGAGACAUUACCGACAAGUGCUCAUCUAUGCGCUGCCUCAGGUUGUUUCCCACUAUCUUGAUCCCCUUUAUCAGCCCAGUUGCAAUGUGGGCCCUCAGUGAUUCAGACAUCUCCGGGGGCAAUCAGCUAAGGAACAGACGUGAUUCGCCCAUCGCCUCUAUCUCCUGAUAACGCAUACUCCUCAACCUCCGCGGGAUCAGACCAGAGCCCAGUGCAUCCACUCAAUUGUAACUUGCAUCUCCUCGCGGGAAACAGAGAAACACGGAUAUCAUGAAACAAGCCUCAGCAGAUCCAAACGGAGAACCUCAGGGGGCCCUAGGCCCACGAAACGGACAAGCGGCAGUGCCAUCACGUCAGAUCACCGGCGAUAAGACUUAUUAUACUGCACUUUCUGCUGCCUCUUAGACUAAUUUCAAUUCAAACAAUGUUAUCAAUACACUUGGUUGUGUAACCAUUCUUGAGUCCUCUUCACAACUGGCAUAUAUAUCUCGAUACACUAUGGAGACUUCAACAACAACAACAACAACCCUCCUACAACAGGGAAAGAUACCUGAAAACUCUGAACCUAUCCCAGCCCAUAUACAUACCCACAGCCUCCCCCCAACUCCUCCAGGAACAGCAAAGCCAUCUCGGAUAGGUAGCUAUCACGAUCUACAAGAACUCUCAUCAAUCGAAUCCCCUUGUCUCGACCAUAUCAAGCCUUAUCCUCUACCUCCAAAAUGCUCACCAAAGUCUGUCCUUAAGGAGGAUCUCAAAACCCCCGACAACUUUGUUGAGAGAGAUCCACGUCUCAUUCGUCUAACUGGAGUCCACCCCUUCAACGUUGAGGCACCACUGAGCGACCUAUACGAUGAAGGUUUCCUAACCAGCGAGAAUCUUCACUAUGUCCGUAACCACGGACAUGUUCCUAGGUGUGAAGAUGAUGAUAUCCUCGACUGGGAGUUCGAAAUAAGUGGCCUUGUCGAAAACCCCAUCAAGAUGAACGUACGAGAUCUUAUCAACGAAUACCAGCAAUUGACUUAUCCAGUGACAUUCGUGUGCGCUGGAAACCGCCGUAAGGAGCAGAACAUUGUACGGAAGACCAAGGGCUUUUCUUGGGGGGCUGCCGGCCUGUCAACAGCUCUCUGGACCGGUGUUGCCAUCGGAGAUCUGCUCGCUACAGCAAAGCCCAAGCGCGGGGCCCGGUUUGUUUGCUUCGAGGGAGCAGACAAGUUACCCAAUGGCUAUUAUGGUACAUCCAUCAAGCUCAACUGGUGCAUGGAUCCCAACAGAGGUGUUAUGGUGGCUCACAAGAUGAACGGCAAGACCUUACAUCCAGACCACGGCAAGCCUGUUCGUAUAGUCAUUCCUGGGCAAAUAGGCGGCCGAAGCAUUAAGUGGCUCAAGAAGAUUACUGUCACACAAGAGCCUAGCGACAACUGGUACCACAUCUAUGACAACCGAGUCCUACCCACCAUGAUCUCGCCUGAAGAGAGUGCAAAUUUGCCCGAGGUCUGGAAGGAUGAGAAGUAUGCCAUUUACGACCUUAGCACUAACAGUGCCAUUUGCUACCCUGCCCAUGAAGAGAAGGUCCCGUUCACGGGCGCUCCGGCAAGUUAUAAGGUGCGAGGUUAUGCCUACGGUGGUGGCGGAAGACGCAUCACACGAGUCGAAGUUACCCUUGACAAAGGUAGAUCUUGGAGACUCGCAAACAUCCGAUACCCCGAGGAUGACUAUCGCAACGCCCCUGAGGGUGAUACCCUCUACGGGGGCCGUGUCGACAUGUGGUGGCGUGAGACAUCAUUCUGCUGGUGCUUCUGGGAUCUUGACAUUCCUCUGGAUGAGUUAAAGAGUGCAGAUGAUAUAAUGAUGCGUGCUAUGGACGAGUCCAUGAACGUACAGCCUCGAGAUAUGUACUGGAGCGUACUGGGCAUGAUGAACAACCCAUGGUUCCGAAUCGUGAUCCACAAGGAGGAUGAUGCACUUCGCUUCGAGCAUCCCACUCACGCUACCUUAAAGAUCAAGGGCUGGAUGGAGCGAGUCAAGGAGGCCGGCGGUAAUCUUACCAACGGCUACUGGGGCGAGAAGGCUCCUGGUGAAGUUCAAGAGGUCGUCAUAAAGGAGCCUGAGAAGCAGAUCUGCAUGACCAACCCUCGGAUCAACCGAAUGAUCACCAUGGAAGAGCUCAAGGCGCACAGUGGUGAAGAAGAGCCUUGGUUCGUUGUCAAGGGUGAAGUGUACGAUGGCACUCCUUACCUCUCUGGUCACCCCGGCGGUGCAGCAUCAAUCUUUGGUGCCGCUGGUCAAGAUGCUACUGAAGAAUUUAUGGCCAUUCACAGCGAGAAUGCAAAAGCCAUGCUGCCUGCAUAUCAUAUUGGCACCCUCGAUGAAGAAUCCCGUGCCAUUCUCAGUGGUGAUGCUACCAAGACGAGCGAUGACGCAAACCGAGAAGUGUUCCUCCAGCCCAAGACAUGGAGCAAAGCUAUUCUCGAUAAAAAGACAUCCAUCUCACCAGAUACGAAGAUCUUCUCCUUCAAGCUCAAUCACGAAGGCCAGAAGAUUGGCCUUCCCACUGGCCAGCAUCUUAUGAUGCGUCUUCGUGACCCUGCCACCCGUGAGGCCAUCAUCCGCUCAUACACACCAUACUCCGAUGGCUCAGAUUGUGGUCGUCUGGAUAUUCUUAUCAAGAUCUACUAUGAUACUCCCCAGCGCAAGGGCGGUGUCAUGACACAAGCACUCGAUGCCCUUCCUAUUGGCCACUGGGUUGACUUCAAGGGGCCUACGGGCAAAUUUGUCUACCAUGGCAACGGGCUCUGCACAAUCAAUGACAGAGAACGUCGUGUUCGCCGUUUCAUCAUGGUCUGCGGUGGUUCUGGAAUUACCCCUAUCCGCCAAGUACUCCGCGCCGUCAUGCACAAUCCUAACGACACGACACCAUGUCUGGUUUUCAACGGCAACCGGAGUGUUGACGAUAUUCUCUGUAAGGAAGAGCUCGACCAAUUGGAGGCUGCCAACCCUGCAAGAUGCCGAGUCGUCAAUGCCCUCUCUAACCCCCCACCCGACUGGAAUGGCCUCCAGGGUUUUGUGAAUCAAGCUCUUGCUCCUGAACAAAUGGUUCUACCCGAGGCAAGUGGCGAGGGUGACGAGUUGGUGCUUGUUUGUGGGCCUCCACCGAUGGUUAAGGCUGUUGAGGCCUCAUUCCUGGACAUGGGUUUCAAAUCAUAUGAUUUUGUAUUCUUCUAAAAGAAUCUUUAGGCGACGGUCUGAUGGCCAAAGUGGACUUCCUACGUAUGUAACGAUGCUUUUUUUCUUCUCCCCUUUUGAUGAGGUGUGAGGGAGAUGGCGUUUAAAAGAUACAUUAUUUUUGGGACACCUUGCCAGCUCUACGAGAUCAGAGUUGACGAACGUACAUAUGAACAAAUAGUAUACUAUACAUGCUUCCACGACCAACUCUGUGCAUCUUUGCAGACAGGCUAUCCUUGAGCAACACCAAACUGGAAAGGGACUCCUGGUCAUAAAAUCGUAAUAGGUUGAAUAGAACCGGUGAUGCACUCAAACGGAUCGGUCGUGAUUCUAUCAAUGUCCACCCUCAGAACUACUUUCAGCGGCUCCCUCAGAUCCAUGGCCAGUUGGGUUUGGAUAGUAGUAUGCUGCAACGGCGAUUGCAACGUAAAGAACGAUGAGCAGAAAACCUUCCAGGUAGUUGCUCUUCUGAUCUUGAAGGAAUCUACCAACGGUCAGAAUGGCGAGGAUGAGCAUAACGAGGUCGAAAACUGCAAAGUUGAGAUCAAGACCCUUGUUGAGGCCCCAGCUGACAACGACGGCAAGAGGAGCGUUGAAGAGAGCAGUUUGUAAUGUAGCCCCAAGCACGUGGGACAUUGCCAGAUUGAUCUGGUUAUCCCAGGCCUCAUCGAUGGCAGUCAAGUGCUCCGCCAGUUUCUCAACAAGUGGAACUAGAAUAAGACCCAUGAAUGCGUCACUGACAUCGCCCCUUUCGAUGACAUAUUCGAUCUGCAUGACGAGAAUAACCGCCGUCCACGCAACAAGGCCUACGGAAAUGACCAAAGCGAUGAUGCACUCAGUGAGGGUGAGCUUGGCCUUUGCUUGGUCCUUGUGCUUGUCUCGAUCAUUGUGCUCAUCCUGUUCGAAUACAGCAGCGUAGAUACCAUGGUGAGUUCGAGCCUGAUAAAAAACAUAUACAAGGUAGGCGAUGAUCAGAAGAACUGAGAUGAUGCGCGAGAUUUGGAGUGUCUUGUGGUCGAGGUUUGCGGCGGUAAGGGGCUCGCCAUUGCCAACACCGUACUCGAAGACAGUGGGAAGGGCAAGGACAACACCACUAUGAAUCAUCCGCUUCCAGCUUCACUGAUAGCUUCGUUGAAUUCUUGCUCUUCUUUCAGCAACCCACCGACGAAAAAGCAAGCACCGAGGCAGAGUAGCAUGGUAGCAAGAAUUGAACCCAUGAUGGCAGCCUUGAUAACGAAAAACAUGUCCUUGGAAAGAAGAACCAUAAAAAGAAUAAUUUCAACGAUAGACCCAAUGCUAGAAGUAAACGAAUCAGUUACUGUUUCUCGGGUCCACAUCCAUGAGGAGCAUACGUGAUCUCGAGAAGGACUCCCAAGACAUGAGGCAGCUUUCGUGAAAGCUCCUGGCCCGCAAAUCCGAUCAAGUUGGCACACGGUACCAUGGCGAUAUAGGCCAGUGCGAAAAUAGUGGUAUGAUUGUCGGGCAUAGCAUCUGACACGCGUGAGUCAUUCAAGUCUACACAGGAGCCGAGAUGUUUGUUGGAAAUACUUACAGCGAACAGCAAUAGCAGCAGGGACGAAAGGCCAGAGGAAGUUGCAAAGCAAACUUGCUCGACUGGUUGAUCUGAACGAGAUCUUGGAAAAGUGAAUGGGAUGGAAGCCCUUUCGGCCACUCUCGCCCGCAGGCUUGAUAUAUCGAGACAUUUUGCCGUUGCUGCGGUUUCUUUUCUCUCCUCUCUUGUGUUCGCUAUAUGUGUUUGGAACUGGGAGAGUAUGGUCGUCGGAUGAGACUUGUCGCAUGUCGGGAGAGUUGUAUGAGCGAUGUCGGUGGGAGCGCGAAGAGGAGCGCUCUCGAGGCAUGUUGGCUGCCUUUUGUACCGUACCUCAGUUAUGUUCACUUCAGUGCAGUACAGUGCAGUUCAGGUAUAGGUAGGUAGUUAGUUAUCCCAGAAUUUCCGAGAGAGAAGGGUCGAGGCCGGGGACUAGGACCUGGGGGCUUGUGGGAGGGAGCCAGCUGCCAGACCGCCCAGGGUGACACAGAUUGGAUAGGUACCUAGGUAGUGUGUUUACUUAGUACCUUAGACACGGCUGGACGGGAGUUGUCAUUAGCAGAUAAAUAAAACGGAGGAGAAAGAUGACCAAGCGCGUAGCAAAAGGGGGAAGGGAUGGAUGGAUAUAACCUAAUGGAUUGGAUGUGAGAGACGAGGAAAGCACUGCUGUAACAAGGCACUCGCUCCCAGUCGAUCCUCUCUACCUACCUUACCUACCUACCUACCUAAGGUAGGUACCUAUGUACUAACCUAGGUAAGAUAUUCAAUGCAUUGAUUGCUAUCCAUAGCACAAGCUCCAUGUUUCACACCUCCCGUCUCGGCAGACCUAACCUAAGGUAGGUACGUACCUAUGUAAUAAACCCCCCUUUAGAUCUCUC